AUGGCGUGUUUGGGAAACAUAGUUCACCCGCUUGCCACAAUUCUGGAAAAUUCAAGGUUCCUUACAUCUCUUAUGAAUAAUUUAAACUCAGAUUUCUCCUCAAUACCCUUGUGGUUAGAUUUAAUUAGUUUCUUCUUUCGAGUCUUAGUUAAGCCCAAGAAUAGAAUAAAUAACUUAUCUGCCUCAAUCAAGGAGAAAGUGUCCAAUUUUGGCAAUACGAUUAUCGAUGAAUUUUCUCCAUCUAACUCUUUAAAUCCCAACUCCUUCCGUUGUAAAUUGAUCUCUGAAAAAUUAGAUCUUGGAGAUAUUAGCGGUGCUGCCCGAAUAUUGACUUCCGAUGAUACUAUUUCACCUAUCAACGUUACUAUCUUUCAACAACUUUAUGAAAAACAUCCACUAGCUUCCCCUUUUAACAUUCACCCGCAUGCCUCUUCCCCUAUUCCUUUUACCUGUGAUGAAGUACUUAAGUGCUUAAAGUCCUUUAAAAAAGGGACGACAGAUAGAUUGGACGGCUUCAGACCUGGUUUUUUUGUGGAUUUAAUUCAACGCUCUGAUAGUGGUUUUAUUGAUCCUUUGCUGAAAGCAUUAACUGAACUUUGCAAUAAUAUCCUCGUAUGCGAAGUUCCCCUUUGUAUUCGUCCUAUUAUUUUUGGCGCACGUCUUGUUUCUUUAACCAUACCGGAUGGUGGCAUUAGACCCAUAGCCAUAGGGUCAUUCUUUCGUCGUUUAGUCGUCAUGGCUAUUGUAAAUAGGAUUCGGCCUAAGGCCAGUUCCUUCUUAUUUCCUUCACAGUUAGGAUUUGGAGUGAGAGGUGGGUGUAAAGUGGCCUCACAUGUUGCGCGUACUUUUAUAAAUACUGAGGCCGAUAAAGUUUUCUGCAAGUUAGACUUCAGAAAUGCCUUCAACACCAUCCAUAGGAGGGCAUUCUUACUAUCUUUUUUACACCAUUUCCAAAAAUACUGGAAUUUCCUUAAUUCCUGUUAUGGAUUCCCUUUCGGGGAAUUUUGCAUAUCCUCCGAAGAGGGGAUUCAGCAAGGUGAUCCACUAGGUCCCUUGCUCUUUACUAUAGGGAUUCAUGAUUUGAUCAAAAAUUUAAAAUCUGAUUUCAAAUUAGACCUUAAUUUAUGGUAUCUCGACGAUGGCUCUUUUGGCGGUUCAAUAUCCAACGUUAUGUCGGCCAUAGAGUACGUUGAAAUGGAAGCUUCUAAAAUUGGUCUUUCCCUAAAUAGGAAAAAGUGUGAAAUUUCCUCCCUCAACAAUAAGGAUUUUAUUCCUCCCUUAGAUUUUACAAUCAUUCCGCACGAGGAACUCUGUCUUUUAGGUUCCCCUAUCGGUUUUUCAACUUCCUUUUGUCAAAAAACUUUUGACGAUUUGAUCCAGUCCCUUUCCAAUUCACUCAAGAAUCUUCCUCAUCUCUCCAAACAUCAGUUCUUCUUUCUCACCAAAAAAUGCUUAAAUUUUUCCGAUUUCAAUUGGUCCCUCGCCUCUAUGCCCGCUUACCGGGGUGGACUGGGAUUUUCACCCCCAUUCCUUAUGGCAAUUGCGUGCUUUCUUUCAUCUCGAAUAUCCUUCGCCGAUUUUAUUUCCUCGCUUAUCGAGUUGGACGAUCCCCUUCUAUCUUCAGCUAAACAAGCGUGGCUUACUCUAAUCACAAGGCUCCGAGCAGCCAGUUUCCUGUCAUCUAAAGAGCUUCCUGGUCCCUAUGCUUCAAUGCUCGUUUGA